UUUAUCAUAAAUUAGCCACUUACCUGAUAAAUAUACUAUAGAAUCAUUCCCGGAAUGACGGAAACUCGCUGUAUCCGGUUUGGUACGUUCCGUACGGAAUUUAUCCUAACCGGAAAUUAAACCCACGUGAGUUUAGCAAAACACUUGCAUUUCACUUUUUUUCUCGGCGCCACACUAGGCGGACGGAUUGUUUAUGCUCGCUUUUUAUAGUUUACAUUUAUAAUUAUGACGGAACAAAUGGUUAAGGGUGCUGUUCACCCUUCGGAGCUAGAAGAUGGAGAAUUAUCGGGUGCAGAAACAUCCGCUUCUCAAAUUCAAACGAAAAACACGAAGCAACGACGGUCACGUAUUGGUGACUUGGAAAAAGUCGUAAGCAAGAACUACAAUGAAUUAACAGAAAAAUUCGAUCGUAUGUUCAAUCUUUUAAAUGAAAAAUUGACACAAAGUCAUGUUUCAAAUAAGAGCAGUGCAAAUGGCUCACAAAAUGACAGAAAUGAUGAUGAAUUGUCUAUUUGUCCUAGAGAAGAAGAACAACAAUUUUCCGACGUAGAAAAUUCGGAAAAUGAAUUUGACAAUAGUGUUUCCUAUAAACGAACUAAUUUAUCUGAAAAGACACGCCAUUGUUUGCAUGAAAUUUUUCAAGAUGAUGCUUUGUUAAAAAAACCAGAAGAAAAACUGGGCAUUGAAAUUGAAGAUUCUCAGAAGGAAAUUUUGUCACAAAGUUAUCGUGCCAAAAAGCCAAAUGAUGUGACAGCAUAUUCUGAAGAGUACAAAGGUAUGUUUCCUUCAUUACCUGAAACUGAGGAUUUUUUGAAAGUUCCUCCCUUAGAUGAUAUUGUUGAUGAAUGUUUAAAACGUCAGCAUGGUUCAAGAUGUGGAUCUUUUGCUAAGAGGGGUCGUGCUUUAUUUUCUCAACCAGACAAAAUGGUGGAGAAGACAGCAUUUCGUGGUCAUCACGCAGCCAAUAUGGGUAUUAUGAUGAACUUGUAUAUGCAGCAAGCAUUGGGAAUGUUACUCAACAUGUUAGAAACUGAAGAUAUCAGUCAAAUUGAAAAGAAAGUAAGAGAUAUUUUUUCUCUUUGUACCAAAAGUUUGGAUCAAUUAGGACGUGUUGGGGCAUUUUUUCAUAUUAUACGUAGACAAGUGACAAUGCACGACACCGGUUUGUUUAAGCUUGAUUCUUCUACUGACAUUUCCAGUAUGCCAUUAACAGGUGAAGGAGUUUUAGGUCAUGGCCUUGAUGAUAUUUUGAAAGAAAGGAAAGAAGUCAAGAAAACUUUAGAUGAACUUCUUCCAGAAUCAAAAUCAAGGAAAUUUUUAAAACGUAAAAGUGCUUCAUCAGAGGGUGAUUCCUCCACUACUCCUGCUAAAAUGAUGUGUGAUAAACCUGCAUCUGGAUAUAAUGGACAAAAAUCCAGGGAUAAUUUUCGUAUCCCAAAGAUUAAUGAUCGAAACAAACCAGAAGGAAGUGGCUCUAGAUCAUUCGAGACUAAAUCAUACACGUCUAAACAGCCUUACAAGUCAGCAGGCAGAGGAAGAGGUGUUCACACUAAAUCCGGAAAACAAUGACUCGAUGCUGAAACAGCCCCCAUUUGAACCCAUGAAGUUAGCCAAGUUGAAAUAUUUGACAUGGAAGACAGUAUUUUUAAUUGCUAUCACAACUUUCAAAAGAUGCAGUGAUCUUCAAGCUAUGCGCAUAGGUGAAGGAUCUGU